GUGGGCCAUGCGCUCGAGCCGGGCGAGGCCUUCGAGGCUGAACAGCAGCUGUUGGCGAAAGAGAUCAUGGGCAUUUUCGAUGGAGGCAAUGCUACCUGUCGCAGCAGCCUAAGCUGUUGUACUGGCUCAGCAGCGACGGUGAGCCAAGAGCUUUGGAGCCACGUGAAGGCUUUCGCUCCCAACUACCACGUGCGUGAGCUAUUAGAUUCAACACCCCGCAUGCUGGAACGGCACUACACAUUCUACAACCUUUGGGAUCGCAUGAAGCGUGCCGGCUCGAUGCAGGUUUUCGCAGCAGAUUGCUACUUUGGAGUUGUGGCGAUGCUGCUGAACGCACUGCCUGCCAUUGAGUUCGAGGAUGGCCUGAGCACAGCGCAGGAGAUCUUCCUGACGGCCGUCGAGAUGCUGGAGCGGAACAAUGACACUGAAGGUGCCAACUGGACGAUCCCUCGAGAGCCCCUGGAGCUCCAGAUGCCGUUCUUCUUAGGCCUCUUACCCAACAACUGCGCAGGCUCGAAGCUUCGGAUCUAUGUCUACGACACCCAGUCUUUCUCCGUUGGCUCUAUCUUCUGCUCCGCCGGCCAGUGGGGCGUCGAAGUGCUGCUGCACCGGUACUUUGCGAGUUCGACAUGCCGCACGACGAACCCUGAGGAGGCCGACCUCUUUCUGGUGCCCGACUACCGUGCCUGCCACCUGCAUUUGGCGCCCACCUACAUGCACAAGGGCCUCACCCGGAUCGAAGGUGAUGACUAUCAUUCCCAGAUCAUCCGCAACCACAAAGACAAGUGGCCAUCUCAGUGGGACCAGAGCACUGCCAUCCUCCAAGCAGGAUGUCCCAAAGGACGCACACUUCGAACUUUGCCAGCAGAUAGAGGAAUCCUAUGGAAUCCUUUCAGGCAUCAUGUCCCGUCAUGUGAAGAUCUUGGAUGUUCUCACUCCUGUCUUCGAGACCAUGAACUGCCUGAUUGGGCUUCAGACGCCAGCUUCACCCGACAAUUCGUCGUUAGACAUGUGCACACUGAAUCCAUGAAUUCAUGGCGCUCCAUUGGAUUACGAGGCAGGCGGAACCGCCCAGUCCGGCAAAGGUACCGACACCCUGAUCAAGCAGAGGCACAAUUCCAGGAGCUGCUCAAGUCGCUCAAGUACUUUGAUCGGAAGCAGGGCAUGGAUCACAUCUUCAUUUUCUCGGAUCAGGGCUUUAUCGUGAAUUUCACUCACACCUUUCCCUCCUGGCGAGAUCACAUUGCCCACUCCAUUUUUCUGACCACAGAGGCCUUUACACCUGGAUGCGGCCCCAGCUGCUUCUCGCCGUGGAAGGAUGCUGUUAUCCCAGGCCACAUCGACAUGGAGAGGUUUGAACGCAUUGCCAGCUUCAAUCAGCCAACCAGCAAUCGAAGUUUCCUCUUCAACUUCCAUGGACGAUUGCCGGUGAACCACGACUACUAUGAGAAGGUCUCUGUCCGAAAGGCGCUCUUGCAGUUCGAGCGGCUGGCAGAUGUGAGCGUGGGUGGCUUCAUUGAGGAAUACUUCGAAGUCAUGGGCAGCAGCCAUUUCUGCUUGGUGCCAGAGGGCACCUCUUCCUGGACGAAUCACCUUUACGAGAGCUUCUUUGCUGGGUGCAUUCCACUCAUCCUCUCCGACCGCUACGUCCUGCCCUUCCAGGAUCUGAUCGACUGGCCAUCGCUGAGCGUGCGCUGGCCACAGGACGCCGUGUCCUUGGAGAUGUACGUCUACGUGAAGGACAUGGUGGAGAACCGCCGUGAGCUGGUUGAGACGAUGAAGCAGCGCGUGGAUGCACACGCGUGUUGGUUCAACUUCUACAUGCUUGAUGGCCCUUGUUCGCCCUACAAGGCCAUUUUGCACGACUUGGAGCAGCGUAGCCGGAACUUGCCCAAGUACUUGCAUCCAUCCCAUUGGCUCCCGUGA